UAAAACACACUGGAUUAGUAUCUAUUGUAUAAACUAAAACACACUGCUGUCCAUAAAAAGGAUUUAUAAUUAAUUAUUUAAUGCAGUAAAGGUGAGGCUUGGAAUUAAGCACAAAUUCCAGUUGUCUGCCCCCACACACACACACACACACACACACACACAUAUAACCUGUUCAUGACUCCGCCCCUUGCUCCACACUUUCAGGUUGUGUGUUUGCAGAGACGAUGCGCUUCAUCCUGAGAUUACUGAGUGUGUUUUUAUUUUCCACUCUGUACCUCUACAUUCUGUCCUGUUUCCUUCCUCCUGUACAGCGGGGACACUACGUAGGGAGGGCAGGAAUGUGGGAGAAGCCUGGAGGACAGACGGCGAUCAUCAGUUUGAAGUUCCCGUCUGAUCUGCAGGAGUUAAAACAGAUGACGGCGCUGUUACGCUUCUAUAAGAUGCAGAACAGCGGCUUCGUCCUGCUCUUGUUCUCCAGCGCUUAUCUCUACAAACAGGCUUUCGCCAUCCCGGAGUCAUCACUACUGAACAUCCUGGCGGGGGCGCUGUUUGGACCCUGGCUGGGACUGGUGCUGUGCUGUGUCCUCACCACCGUAGGAGCCUCCAUGUGCUUCCUGCUCUCUCACUUCUUCAUUAAGCCGCACAUUAUACGCAUGUUUCCCGACAGAGUCGCCCAGCUACAGAGAAAGGUGGAGGAGAACCGCAGCAGUUUGUUCUUCUUCCUGUUGUUCCUGCGUUUGUUCCCCAUGAGUCCAAACUGGUUCUUCAACAUGAGUUCUCCGAUCUUCAACAUCCCGCUCUCACACUUCUCACUCUCCGUUCUCAUCGGUCUGAUGCCGUAUAACCUGGUGUGUGUACAGACGGGCGUGGUCCUGUCUGAUCUGACGUCUCUGGAUGACGUGCUGUCCUGGAGCGUGGUGCUGAAGCUGCUGCUCAUCGCCUGUGCUGCCCUGCUGCCCUCUGCCCUCAUCCGUCGCUAUGGAAACACACACACACAUACAGCGUACACGCACCCAGAACACAUAGAUUGCUGAUGCACUUAACCUGUGUGUGGGCAAGGGGAGGGGGGGGGG